AUGAAACCUGCGCGUCCCCCAGUGCGGGUGCCCUGGCCUAAGCCCACUGCCCGGGCCAACCAAAGGCCUGUGAGCGGCACAGGCAAUUCUCGCUCUUCUGUCGCGGCUGUUGGGAACUUGUUGCAGCAGCCUUCCUCACCGCCGCCCCCGCCACGGAAGGCGCUGGCAGCACCCUUGGCGAAACUGCCCUUGUCGUCGGUCUUGCGAUCCCUGCUGGUUCUCUCUGUCUCUUCGUCCUCGCUUCUGUUGAAACCGUGCAUAUAUACUCUGUCACUCUUGGCGCAUCCACGCACUGCCUUUUGGGAUGUGGCCAAAAACCCGUUACUGAACUUGCUUGUGAAGCACACGAUUUACAAGCAGUUCAACGCGGGUGAGAACAAGAUCGAAGUGCAGCGGUCGAUCCGAAAUAUCAAGGAGCUUGGAUGCCGAGGUGUUCUUCUGGGCUACGCCCGCGAGGUACUUGCGGGAGAUAACCAGCAGGACGCUACUUAUGAUGCCGAGGCAACUCGAGCUGAAAUCCAGAUGUGGCUGGACGGUACCUUGCAGACAGUUGACAUGGCCCAAGAGGGUGACUUUGUUGCUCUGAAAUUCACCGGUAUGGGAUCCGACGCUCUUCGCCUGCUACAGAAAGAAGCCCCACCAUCUGCAUUCAUGGAUUCCUCAAUUCAGGGAGUGUGCGAUUUGGCUAUUUCCCGGGGUGUGCGUCUGCUGGUCGAUGCCGAGGAACAGGCUGUGCAGCCCGGCAUCGAGGCAUGGAUCAUGAAGUACCAGAAGUACUGCAACUCACAGACCCCCGGCCGUGCUAUCUUCUAUGGUACUUACCAGGCAUACCUUCGCUCCACUCCCGCAACUCUCGCCCGGCACCUGGAGGUUGCGCGCCGCGAGAAAUACACACUUGGAGUCAAGCUCGUCCGUGGUGCUUAUCUCAAAACAGAGCCUCGCCAACUGAUCUGGGCGGAGAAGGAAGAUACCGACCGGUGCUAUGAUGAAGUUGUCGAGGCCCUUCUGACCAGAAAAUACAACGCUAUGUUGCAACCACCGUCGACGUCUACGGAUACUCCAACUGAACUACCAUCUGUGCAUGUUAUCAUCGCCACCCAUAACCGGGAGUCGGUGCGCAAGGCCCACGCGCUACGCGUUCAGCAGGCUAUCCAGAGCCAGGACUACGGCGUGGACCUCAGCUAUGCUCAGCUUCAGGGUAUGGCCGAUGAGGUCAGCUGUGAGCUGUUGCAGGGCUUCAGAAGCGCCGAGUCUGAUGUCGGUGCCGCGUCGACCCCGCUAGAGGCCCCGAAUGUCUACAAGCUGUUGGCCUGGGGAUCCGUGAAGGAGUGUAUGGGCUUCCUUUUGCGGCGUGCCGUUGAGAACACCGAGGCCGUGGGGCGUACGAAGGAAUCUCAGCUGGCGAUGAUCCAGGAAUUGAAGCGUCGGGCUUGGAAGAUUCUCGGAACCCGUGGCUGA